AUGGCAACGCCAGGACAUCAUAAGAAAGCCAACCAGGCUCAACUUGACGUCGGCAAUGUAUCCACAGUGGUUGAAGUCAAAGUUGCCGGAGGACAGUACCGCGUCUACAACAAACUGAUGAAUCUAACUUCAUCCGACUUACAUGAUUGUACAGUAAGUAACUGCAGAGUGACGUUAAAAGAUGAUGAUUUACUGGGAGCUGACGCUGUGCUCUUCUACCUGAACCUGGUAGUUGAACCUCCAGUUGAUGUUCCUAGAGACCCAGGGCAGCUCUGGGUUUGGUUUACCGACGAGAAUCCCAACAACGUUCUUGGGGCGGCGAGAGACCGCGUCCUUAGCCACUACAACGGAUUAUUUAACUGGUCAAUGAACUACAAAAUGGAUUCUAGUGUGCCGGUGCCGUACGGACGUACCGUUUAUCUAUCUGAAGACGAAAGGUUGGACAAGGUCGAGGACUACUAUAAACUAAAGCUGAAAAAUUUCACUAUCAUGAAUUCUCAUUGCGAUGGCUUCAAUGGGAGGUUCAAUUAUAUAUAUGAGCUCCAAAAAUUUAUUUUCAUUGACUUCUACGGCAAGUGCGGGACCCUCCAAUGCGAAGGCCGUUACUGGAUGAGCUGCGAGAAGCUCCGGGAUUACAAGUUUUACUUUGCUUUUGAAAGCACAAACUGCGACGAAUACAUGACAGAAAAGGUGUGGUGGAACGCGCUGCACAUGGGGGCCGUGCCUGUGGUGAUGGGGUCGCCUAAACUAAAUUACGAGACGUUCUUGCCCCCAGGAUCUUUCAUCCACGUGGAUGACUUCAACAUCCCCGCGGACCUGGCAAGAUACCUUAAGUACCUCCUCGACCAUCCCGCUAAGUACCAGCAGUACCACGACUGGAGGAGGCGGUACCGCGUACUAAAUGAGCACGGGUACAUGGGGGCACCCACACGAGAGCAUUUCUAUGAUAGCGAACGGCAGUGCCAUAAUCCUUAA